AAUGCGCAUCCCGGAGAAACAUUGGGGUGUGAAUGGCGAGAUCUCUAGGACUGACGUGCAGGAGGAUGAACCAGCCAGGAAGCAACCGAUGCUGUCGAAUAUGCUCCGCCACUCCACUACCGGCCUCGAUCGGCAUAGCCAUUGUUGCCUUCGGUAUAUACCGCCACCGCGUGGGCGGAGCUGCCUGCAAUCAGAUCUAUGCUCAUUCGCAUUCUGAAUCUCAUUCUCACUGAUCGAGAACAAUCAUCGCUUACAAGGUGAGGAUUCACUGAGAGUUGCGAUGCCUAUUUGCAGUAACAUGAUCUAGGAUUUUAAAGGUAUAAGAAGUUCUAAAAUAGUAUUCACUGUAAAUUUAAAAAGUAAACAGUAAAUUGGACAGAAACAU